AUGCUGUCUAACGAGACAAUCAGUCUAAUUCAUUUAAAUCUUAUUCAGGGUGUGGGACUCAAAACCGUUCAAGUCUUGCGUGAUGUCUUUGGUAGUACAGAGAGGGCACUUCAAGCAACAUCGGACGAACUGAGAAAAAUAGACCUGCUUUCACCGACGGUGUGUGAUCUCUUAAUUCACAAGCCCGUUUUGUACCCAAUAGAACGUGAGCUUGAAUUGAUACACAAAUAUGGUUGUCAGAUUGUAACACUCUAUGAUGCCGCAUAUCCGCCCCACUUGAAGGAGAUUGACACACCACCGUUUGUGCUGUAUGUAAAAGGGAAACUCACGCCUGAAGACGCGCUUAGCAUUUCCCUCGUCGGUUCUCGAAACGCUAAAGAUUACGGGCGAAAGGUGAGUUACCGCUUGAGUUACCAACUCGCACAGCGAGGCGUAACUGUUAUUAGCGGUUUAGCGAAGGGCAUUGAUACUUUAGCACAUCGUGGGGCACUUGAAGCAGGGGGUAGAACAAUUGCCGUAAUGGGAAACGGGUUGAGUAUCGUUUAUCCUGCGACAAAUAGCAACCUCGCUGAGAAAAUUGAAGCAUCCGGGGCAUUGGUUUCCGAAUUUCCAAUGGCAGCCAGACCGAAGUCGAGAAACUUCCCACGUCGUAACCGUAUCAUUAGUGGAUUGACGCUUGGAACUGUUGUGGUAGAGGCAUCAAACCGUAGUGGAGCGUUGAUUACCGCCCGUCUCGCCGCUGAACAGAACAGAGAGGUGUUCGCAGUACCGGGUGAGAUUUUUUCUGAACUCUCAGCGGGUACCCACAAAUUAAUUAAUGACGGUGCGAAACUCAUCAACACUGUGGAUGAUCUGCUCAAUGAACUGUCUCCAUACGUAUUAAAUCAAAUCCAGUCCCAAGCAUCACCAAUACUGGUGCCAGAUAUGGAGGCAGAGCCUCCGCAAGCAUCUCCUGUUGAGAAGGGCGAUACGAAACUUGUGUCCACACAAGCUUCCUCAGAAGCCCGACAACCUGUCUCUACGCCACCGCCCACCGGAGUUAACGCCAGAUGA